AAAGCCUGCGCAGGGAGCUGGGCCUCAGUGUCCCUUGCGUUGCUGUCGUGCACCAGAAGCAUGGGCUGCUGCUGCAGUUUGGACUGUGAUGAGGGCUGGGAGGAAGGGGACCUGGAGAUCUGCCAGACCUGUCACUAUCCCAUCGACCCAGACACCAAGCCCCAGAGGCCGGCUUUGAAUGGCUCCGAGUUUUACAACCCUCUUUUGUCUCCCGAUGUAAUGACGCCUCCUCCGAGUUCACCUCUUCAAGAUAAACUGGUGGUUGCCUUGUAUGAUUAUGACUCGACCCACGAAGGAGACCUCGUGCUCCGGACGGGAGAACAGCUGCGGGUCCUGGAAGAGGCUGGGGAGUGGUGGAAGGCCCAGUCGCUGACCACAGGGAGUGUGGGCUACAUCCCGUCCAAUUUCGUGGCCAAGCUGAACAGUCUGGAGCAAGAGCCCUGGUUUUUCAAAGCGCUAAGCAGGAAGGAUGCCGAGCGACAGCUCCUGACCGCGGGCAACACACACGGGGCCUUCCUCAUCCGGGAGAGCGAAUCGACCAAAGGCUCCUUCAGCCUCUCUGUCCGGGACUUUGACCAGGACCAAGGGGAAGUGGUGAAGCACUACAAGAUCCGCAACAUGGACAACGGUGGCUUCUACAUCUCCCCGCGCAUCACCUUCGACAGCCUCCACAACCUGGUGGAGCAUUAUAUGCGAAACACAGACGGUCUUUGCACCCGGCUGGGCAAACCCUGCCAGACCCAGAAGCCCCAGAAGCCUUGGUGGCAGGAUGAAUGGGAGGUGCCCCGAGAGAACCUCAAGUUGGAGGAGAAGCUGGGAGCAGGGCAAUUUGGAGAGGUCUGGAAAGGGAUUUACAACGGCCACACCAAGGUGGCCAUCAAAAGCCUGAAGCAGGGCAGCAUGUCCCCUGAAGCCUUCUUGGCGGAGGCCAACCUUAUGAAGAAGCUGCGUCACCCUCGCCUGGUGCGCCUCUAUGCGGUGGUUACCCAGAGGCCCAUGUACAUCAUCACAGAGUUCAUGGAGAAAGGGAACUUGGUGGAUUUCCUCAAAGGCCCCGAAGGCAGCCGGUUGACCAUCUAUAAACUGCUGGACAUGUCUGCUCAGAUCGCAGAAGGCAUGGCUUUCCUGGAGAAGAAAAACUACAUCCAUCGGGAUCUAAGAGCUGCAAACAUCUUAGUGUCGGAGGCGAUUUGCUGCAAAAUUGCCGAUUUCGGAUUGGCCCGGCUCAUCGAGGAUGAUGAAUACACGGCGCAGGAAGGUGCCAAGUUCCCCAUUAAGUGGACAGCUCCGGAGGCCAUCAAUUAUGGGACGUUCACCAUCAAAUCUGAUGUCUGGUCCUUUGGGAUCCUGCUGACCGAAAUCAUCACUUAUGGCCGUAUUCCUUAUCCAGGGAUGAGCAACCCAGAGGUCAUCCAGAACCUGGAGCGGGGCUACCGGAUGCCACCCCCGGAGAACUGCCCACCUGAGCUUUUCCAGCUGAUGCUCCAGUGCUGGAAGGACAGCCCCGAGCAGCGGCCCACCUUUGAGUUCCUGAAAGGGGUCCUGGAGGACUUUUUCACUGCCACUGAAGGGCAAUAUGAGCAGCAGGUCUGAACAGAUGGAGGGCCACUGCCUGAACCUUAAGACAACAUCUCCCCAUCAUUUGCUCCCUCCUGGGGUGGCAUCAUUGAAAGGAUGCUGGAUGGAACCCAUUUAUCUGGAACCCAUGGCGGACGGGAUCUUUUAGGGCAGGAAGCCCAUCCUCUUGGUCCUAGAGUGCAUCUGCACUGUGGAAUGAAUGCUGUUCGACGUCACUUUCACUGCCAUGGCUCAAUGCUUAAUAGGGUCUUGGGACUUCUCGUUCAGUGAAAGAUUGGGUACAUCUACACUGUAGAAUGAAUGCAGUUUGACCCUGCUUAAAUUGCCAUGGCUACGGGGUCCUGAGAGUUAUAGUUUAGUAAUGUAUUAGUGUUGCCCAGGUUUCGCUGCUUUUUUCCCUUCUUUCUCUUUCCUCCCCUUAUACCUUCCCUCCUUUUCCUUCCUUCCAUCCAUCCAACCUUUCUUUCUCUCCUUCCCUGCCUUCUUUCCCCUCUCCUUUCUUUUUCUCUUCUUUUCUCUUAUCUUUCUCUCCCUCCCUUAUUUUCCUUUCCUCUUCCUACCUUUCUUUCUUACACUCCCUCCCUUCUCCUUACCUUUCUCUUCCUUCCUUUUUCUUUCUUUCCCCUCCCUCUUUUCCUUUUUCUUCCUUCCUUC